UGAGGUGGUCGGUUGACAGUCUUAGCAAAAAUAUGCAGUUCACCUCUUCGUCCAGAUGGGGUUGCUGAGUUCACGCUUGUUAAACCCAUAGACUGUUGUUAAACCUCAGCAGAGACAGUUUAGCUAGAUCUUUGGCCUCAGUAUCGCUUCCUUUAUUCAGCUGAUUUGAUAGAUAAAAUGCUACCUUCAAGCUCGUUUUACUUCGCCUAGCAAACAAAAAUACCAGCAGCGUAAACGAACUCCAUAAGCUAGCUAGCUAGUUAGUUAGUUAGCUAACGUUAGCCUAUGGAGCAACUUGACGUGUGUUCAGAUCAUAGACUGUGGUUCAGAUACUGUUAAAGUAAAGUAAGUUACGUUACCACUGUUAGUGUUUACAGUUAAGUCAGUUCGACAUGGACGAGCUGGACACCGCAGCGAUCCUUCCCGGCGAUGUGUUCAACGCCACAUCCACUGACGGUGAAACCAACGACUCGUGUGUUCACAAAGGGGAGGCUGUUGUACCGACCACCCGCUCCGGACGACCCCCGUUUACAUGCUGUCUGCCGGUUUCCGUGGAGCCAGUGUUGUUUCUCUCCAUGUUUUCUCUGGCCUUGCAGUCGCCUCUUUCCACUCAGUAUCUGUGGGACCGCAUCAGCGAGGACCUCGGCUACAACGGAUCCAAGAGCUCGGAGUGCAACAACGGCUCUGUGCCCCCUGAUCCUCUUCAAACGGAGGUGGAAACCUUGACAGCCCACUGGAACCUUUACAUCAGUCUUGGGGGCUUUUCUGUAGGCCUGUUGGUGGUGCCUCUCCUGGGCUCAUGGAGUGACCUUGCAGGGCGCAGACCUGUCCUUAUCCUCGCCAACCUAGGCCUGGCCCUCCAAGCUGUGGUUUACCUAGUGGUGAUGUACCUGAAGCUGCCUGUGGUCUACUUUUUAGUAGGCAGGCUGCUUAGUGGCCUUUCAGGUGAUUUCAACGCCAUCCUGGCAGGCUGCUUUGCAUAUGUGGCUGAUACCAGCGACAGAAGGUCCCGCACCUUCAGGGUGGCAGUCUUGGAGGCUUGUCUGGGCCUUUCAGGGAUGCUAGCCAGCAUCAUCGGAGGGCAGUGGCGGCGGGCACAAGGGUACAUCAACCCAUUCUGGCUGGUCCUGGCGACUAACUUGGCUUCGGCUCUGUACGCUUACCUGUUUGUCCGUGAGUCUGUCCUGCCAGACCCAAGUGCCAAGCUCCUCACCUCUCGCCACUAUAAAGCCGUCUGGCGCCUCUUCGCAACAGGAGGGAGUAACAGUGAGGCAGAUAGAAGAUUUCACAGAUGCAAGCUGUGCUUGUACACACUGUGUUUCUUUCUGGUGGUGACUGUACACUUCGGCAGCAGGGAGUUGUAUGUGUUGUAUGAGCUGAGCUCACCGCUGUGCUGGGGGCCGGCCCUCAUUGGCUACGGAUCAGCCGCUCAGCACCUGGCCUACCUUAGCAGUCUGCUGGGGCUGAAGAUCAUGCAGCGCUGCCUGGAAGACUCCUGGGUGGCUCUCGUGGGUCUGGCUUCCAAUAUCAUCGGGCUGGUUGUCUUCUCUGUAGCUGACACCAUCCAGCUCAUGUUCACAGGUUAUGGUCUGUGUUUCCUCUUCAUGGCUGCAACGCCUGUGCUCAGGUCAAAACUUUCCAAGUUGGUGGGCCCAUCAGACCAAGGUGCCCUGUUUGCGUCUGUUGCCUGUGUGGAGAGCUUAUGUUUUCUGGUUGGCAGUGGCAUCUUCAACUCCCUCUACCCAGCCACACUGCACUUUAUGAAGGGCUUCCCCUUCCUCUUUGCUGCCAUCAUCCUCUUCAUCCCCGCUGGAAUAAUUGGGACCCUGCAAUGUUUAGACCAGAGAAGAGACCACAGAGACUCCACAGCAUCCUGACCUGCUGAGAGGUCAGAGGGCAGGAACCUGUCAGAGAGUUAAAGUGCAUCCUGGUGUCUAUGAGGGGAGCAGCACUGACACAAAGACAGCCAUCAUGUCCAUGUGUGGUGCUGGGAAAGACCUUUUGAUCUUAGCACAGUUAUGGCACAGCUGACUGUUGUUAACUAGCUCAGCAAUAGAAUUCUUCCUAGUCACACCAAAGUAAUCAAGACCAGAGGAUGAAGAAUCAACGUCCUGACUGACAUGACAGUUAAACCUUUUUUUUUGUCUUAAUAAUUAGAUAAUGGAGACUUGGGCUUUGUCAAAUCUACGCUGGCCCUAAAAACUCACCACAAGCUCGGAUGUUUCAUCACGACAUUCAUACAAAUGGUGUAACAAACAAGGUUCGAUAACAUGCUUUCCUUUUUUUGAGUUAAAACAUUUUCAAUACAGCGUAUUGAGUGCCAAAGAACGUACCUUACAUUUACACUUUGAAUGUAUUAAUUUCAAUAGCUCUAAUGGCACACUACAUGUUAAGGUGCUAACCAUAAGAGGAAAUCCACAAACUCCUCAGUUGUUCCAAAACAUAUCAAGCAUGGGUGCAACAUAAUGUGUUCACAGAGGGUCAAAAAGGGAGGUGAGAGAUAUAACCUAGUUUUGAUUUGAGAAAUUUUCUACAAAUAUCAUUCAUUGAUAUUUCACAUGAUCACAAUGAACCAUCCUAAACUUAUUACUUUUUUGGAACAAAAACAAAUUGGGAACCAUAUCUGUGUCAGGUAAAUUGGUAUACAACAGUAUACAAGAUCAGUCUAUUUUCAGCCACCACACCCUUAUCCUAUCUAUUCACUUCUGUGCAGUCUUUAAAAUUUCUUUUACUGUAUUACAAUUCAGAGGCAAAUAUUGUAUUUUUUACUAAUUGUUUACAUAAGUUACUAAUUAAAUUGUGUUUAGUGUGUUUUUUUUUUUUUAUAGGUUCAGAUUAGAUAAGACUUACUCUAACCCCAUGGGGAAAUUCACAGGCUACCGAACAGUACGUAAAGUAGUUAAACAUUUCUGUGAGUGAUUUGUAUGUAUGUGAGAUAUAUGUGUGUAUGUGUGUUUGUUGUGUCAUGGUUGUCUAAGCUCCUGGAUGCCUAAAAUUUCCCUUGGGAUGAAUAAAGUAUCUAUCUAGCUAUCUAAAAUGAGCCCCACCUUUACCAGCUGCAGCAUAAAAGGGAUGUACACUGUAAUGCGUCUAUUUUUAAUCCAAUAACAUAAGUACAUUUACUUUUGGUAUUUUAAGUAUGUUUGUACUUUUACUAGAGUAACAUUUUAACUUUAACAUUGGUACUGCUACUUUAGGUAAACAUUUUAAGUACUUCUUCCACUACUGUCUGUUCGCAGGGCUAUCCUAAAUCUGUUAGUGGAAGUUACGUAGAAACCCUCAAACCAUGAAUUUAGUAUCUGAGAUUCAUGGUAUCACACUAUGCAGAAAUAUCAUCUGUUCCAAACAUGUCCAAACACAACUAUCAGUAAUCCACAGCAGAGAGUGAAACUGUAGUGGCAGCCAGGGACUACCGAGUUACACCUCGACCCUCCUCCUGCCAUAGCCUAAACUCCCUGAGGAGUCCCCACUCCCACCACCACAAACAACAGUGGAUAGUCCCAGAACAGAGACCACAGCCAACAUACACACCGGGGUCAGGUCCUAGAUCUGCAGUGAGGGAAGAGCUGCCAAAUCAGAUUUAAAAUGCACAAAGGGAAGUUUAGAGGUUAAAUGAAGUAUUAACUCAGUUUCUAUGAAUUGAUCAGCAGAUUACUUUCUAAAAGCCAUUCUUCAAAGGUUUUGUGUAACAAAUCCUGACCCACUGUCCAUUCUUCGUCAUCAUCAGUUGUGCAAUAUUUAUGAGUUGCAAUCAUUUUUAUUUAUUGGAUUACAACUGGAUCGUUUUGGAUAGUUUGUUAUGAAGAUGAUGGUUCAAUUUGUUUCU